AUGUCAGACCCACGAUUCGCCCGAUUGAAGACAGAUCCUCGAUUCAGACGUCCCAAGCAGAAAAACCUCAAAGUCGAGAUUGACGAGAGGUUUAAGGAUGUGUUGGAGUCUGAAGAAUUCGGUGGGAAGGGUAAAGGUAAAGCUUCAGGUCGAGUAGAUAAGCGAGGUAGACCAUUGGCCAGCUCACACCAUCAAGAUCAACUAAAACGUUUCUAUCGAUUGCGUUCACCAGAGCAAGGCGAGGAGGAACAAGAUAAGCAGAUCGGAUUCGUAGAUUAUGCUCGAGGUGAAGGUGCAUUGGAAUCGUCUGGAUCCGAAGAUGAAAAUGAAGGCUCGGAGGACGAUAUCGAAGAAGAGGAAUUGGAAGUUGGUGGCAAGAGGAAAUCAAAGUUACCCGGAUACAUCUCACAAUCCGAGUCCCAUUCCGACUCGGGAUCCGAAUCAGCCUCUGAAGAUGAGGAUCAUCUAAACGUUGAUCUAUCAGAAGAUGAAGAACCCACUUCAGCAUUCCCACCUGAGGACGACCAAGAUCAAGAUGAAGAAGAGGAAGAAGAAGAGUAUGUACCUCCUACUAAGAGGAUAGCAGCAGUCAAUUUAGAUUGGGAUAACCUCCAAGCACGAGACUUGUUCUCAGUGUUCAACUCUUUCCUUAAGAAUGCUGGUGCGAAUGGUACAGGUAGUAGUAGUAAAGAUGAUGAUCUGGGCAAAUUGUUAAGUGUCAAGAUAUAUCCUAGUGAAUUCGGUAAACAGCGCAUGGAGAAAGAAGAGCAGGAAGGUCCAGGUGGUGGAAUAUUCGUUAGCAAGCAUAAGGAUAGUAAGAAGAAGAGGAAAGGUCCCAAGGAGGCUAUAGUGCCGAAGAGCAGAGCAGAAGAAAGCGAGGAGGAGAGUGAAGGAGAAGAAGAUGACGAGGACGAAAGUGAAUUUGAAUUUGAUGAAGGUGAAGAUGAAGAGCCGAGCGAGGCGGAAGGUGAAAAAGAUGAUGACGAUGAGGAUGCUCAACCUGAACGAUCGAAUGAUCGACCUCGAGAAGAGAUCGAUGGUCUGGAGAUCAUAUCAGAUGUGGAGUCAGAUGCUGGAUCAGAGGAUAUUGACAUGGAUCAACUCCGACAGUAUCAAUUGGAGAGGUUAAGAUACUUUUAUGCCAUCGCUACCUUCUCCACCGUCGCUGCUGCAGAGCACGUCAUGAACGAAUGUAAUGGUACUGAAUUCGAACGUACAGCGAAUAUCAUGGACCUCAGUUAUGUCCCCGAGGAGAUGGACUUUGCAGAUGAUGAGAUUAGAGACGAGGCGAAUAAAGAGGCUAAAGGAUACAAGGGGAAUGAUUUCGUUACGGAUGCCCUACGUCAUUCCAAAGUGAAAUUAACAUGGGACCAAGAUGAUCCCAAUCGAGUCAAGAUGACUAGACGAACAUUGACCAGAGAAGAAAUCGAAGAACAGGACUUCAACAAUUUAGUGGCCGGAUCAGGUAGUGAAGCUUCACUCUCGUCUGAAGAUGAGGAUGAGGGUGAUCAAGAAGACGAAGGAGCAAAAGCAACAAAGAAGGGAAAAGGGAAAGGGAAAGAUAAGAAGAGUAAGAAAGAACGUACGGAAAAAUUACGAAAUUUGUUAUUGGCAGGUAACGAUGAAGAUGGCGAUAUAUGGGGUAAAGCUGGAACUUCAUUUGCAGAUAUGAUUGAAGAACCCAAGAACAAAGGCAAGAAGAAGGAAAGCGAAAUGGAAAUCACGUUCAAACCUGCCUUGAGCACUGGUCUGGGAGGACAAGAAGUGGACGAAGAGAAUAUGACUACGUUGGAGAGAUAUCAGAUGAGAAUGAAAGAGAAGAAAAAUAGGAAGAAGGAGAAGAUGGAAUUGAAGAGAGCUACUAAAGCGCUUAACAAUGAUGAGGAUGAUGAUUCCGAAAAGGGGGAGGGGAAGGAACAGGGACAAGACGAUUUCUUCGGAAGUGAUAGCGGUGAUGAGGAUGAGGAGGAUGACCAAGAUGUUGGGGUUGAAUUUGAGAAACCUAAAUCGAACAGUAUAGGAAAGUGCAAACUUAACGGGAAAGAUAAAACUCAACAUAAAUCUAAAUCGACCAAUGAUGACGAGGACGAAGAAGAUGUUUCAGCAUUGGUUGGCACUUCCUCUAAACCAGAUACCAACUUCUCCAUGAAAGAUAUUAUAAAAUCCGAGAAAGAUUCCAAAAAACGACGUCGAAGAAGAGGUACCAAAAAAGCAGAGCAAGCUGGGGAAGAAGAGAAGGAAUUGGGACCUGAAGGAUGGAAGAUCAACGUUUCUGAUCCCAGAUUUAAAGCGAUUCACGAAGAUGCUGAAUUCGCUAUUGAUCCAAGUAAUCCACACUACACCAAAACCAAAGCGAUGCAAGAUCUCUUAUCUCACCGAAGCAAGAUACGUCAAAAUAAGAAAUACAGUGAGAAUGACGAAGGUAGAUCUUCAGCUUCGGGAGUCAAGAGGACUUUACUUGGAGAGGGUAACGAGGAUAAUGGUGGGAACGAGAAGGAUCUGUCGCAGUUGGUUAAGAGCGUCAAGAGACAGAUGGAAAGAGAGGGGAAUAACAAGAAGAGAAGGAGACAUAGAAAGUAA